AUGAGUGUCAUUCUGAGAAAUACGUUGCGUUUUGUUGGCACAGCGAAAUAUGCUACCAAUUCAACAAAAUAUGUACGAUCCAUAUUUUCGCAACGAAAAAUACUCGACGAUUUUAAAGAGAAGGAAUUAAAAUUGAGUGAUCCCAAUAAUUAUUUUAUUAUAAAAAAUAACAACGAACCAACUAGUUUCUACCAGAAAUUAUGGUCGGCGUUCAGCGGGAAAGUGUACGUCGAUGAGAACACAUUGUAUAUCACAAAAAUUGAUUAUUUUGUGGCAUCAGUUAGUUGUGUUGAAGCAAGCUUUGAAACACCAAUAAAAAAAAAGAAAUUUUAUUUGUCUCCCGCAUUAAGCAUUAAAGCCAACGAAAAAUCCAUUGAACCUGUAAUUACUGAAAUUGUCGACGAAAAACCAUUUUCAUCUCAUAAUGAUACUAUACGUGUAUCACGUAAAGAUGGUAAAUUUACAUUACAAAAACUAGAUAGUGGUGAAACUGUCACUUUGAAUCACACAAUUUAUCUUGAAGCUCACACAAAAGAACGUCAAACAGAAGAAGGUGGUAAAGGAAAUAUUCCAUCAAUAUUAAUUGCGGAUAUUGUUUAUGAUGACACCAAAAUAACAUCAAAAGUAGGCAAAGAAGAACCGAAAACUUUCACUCACACACCUAAACUUCAACCGUUAAAUUCUAAAAAAAAGUAUAAAGACGAGAGAAUACUUGAAUAUGAUGAUGAUGAUGAAGACAAAACUAUAAAAAUUGACCUACAAUUUCCAAUGACCAUGUCACUUGAAGUAACUCCACGAACAAUACAUGUAAAAGAGCUUGGUGAUACUUUCAGUAUUUAUUACAAAGUUGACAUUCAAACUUCCAUAAAAUCAACUGAAAAUUUAGAAAAUAAAAUUCCUGCUACAAAAGAAGGUGAAAAAUCAAAAAUUGGUAAAAUUGAAAUACUACUUAACAGUGGGGAUCUAGUACUUAGAACACCAGGUUAUUUUAAUGACAUUGUAAAGACCAAUUACAAAGUCUGGAUUACAGUUGACUUUGAUGGUCCAGCACCAAGCAUUAAGUUCAAUAUUGGUACAAAAUCAUUAAUUUCUGCAAAUUAA